AUGGAGACACCUCCGUUCUUGCGACUCGCUGCCGAGACUCGUGACCAGAUAUAUGCUUACUUACUCUCAACCAAGUACACCAAGCACUACCCCAGGGAAGAAGACCCAGAAUGGGAGUAUAACUAUGACUUAACCAAAGACUUCGACUGCACACCUCGUCCUACACAUGUUUAUCGUUUCCACCCCGGAAUACUAGGGGCCAAUCGCCAGAUUAACCGGGAGGCCAGCUGUGUCCUAUACGAUCAGAACAUGUUUGUGGAGGUGACAUCUGACCUCACAGAUUGGAACGUCGACUUUGACUGGCUUGGGGUGCCGAUUGUUGCAGAAGGUGCGAUAGCAUCUGGCUUUGUCUAUAGUGUCUUGCACAUCAAAGUCGAGCUGGAACACCUUAUCCACUACCAGGAUAAACAUCCUUUUCAGCGCAUUUUCGCCGGAGCUGAUCUGCCAGCCUUUUGCACUGCGUUACUUCUUGGUGGGGAAUCGUCAAAGGCCAUCUAUGAGAGCACGCUCUCAGUCAACCUGCACUGCAAUACAACAGCUGAAACAAGCCCAAACCGUGCUUCCUUCACCAUACCGCAAGUGAAAAGCUUGCUAGAACCUCUUCGCAUUCUCCACAGCUUUCAAUCCACCAACAUCACCGGAUCUUUGGACGAACAAUACAAAACAGAGCUAUGCCUGGACAUCUGCAAAAAGGCCCCCAGCCUACAAGAACGCUCGUUCAAGGUGCGGGAUAAGAUCCGAGAAGGCGACGAUGCCUUCAACGCCCGAAAUACCAAACCUAAAGACCGCUUCAGUCAGGCCAUCAGACUCUACGAAGCCGCCAUGACCGACCUGAAAAACUCAUGCUCCAGAUUCGACCAGCCUGUGCGGGUGUUGGCGGCGAACCCUAUCUCAUUUUCCACCGCUGGAAGCGACUUCCACCACGUCUAUACAAACAUUGUAUUCAGCCUCCGCAUCAAGCUGGCAGCAGCUCACGCCCAACUGGAACAGUACGAACAAUGUCGCAAAUGGAGCGGACGCGCGGUGAGGACCAUCGACCAGGAUGGGGGUGCACCCGACAUCGACCACGAGGCCGAUCGUCGCUACCUUAGGGCUUAUGAACUGCAUGCGCGUGCCAAUAACAAACUCGGUCGGUGGGGGGAAGCAGUCAGCUCGAUGCAGAAAGCGGUGGACAUCGCACCCCAUCUGGAGGAGGGGUUGAAACUGUUCGAGGAUGACGAGAGGAAACACAAAGAGAGACAGCUGAUGACGGUCAGAGAGGUUCUAGCUCUGGCAGGGAAGGGUCUGGACAGGGAUGGACGCAAGAAGAGGUAUGGACAGCCGUUCGUGAUGAGAUAUCCUGCGGACUUUGAUAGAGUCAAGAAAAGUUCUUAG